GUCUAAGAUAGAAGUCCUUUUUCUUCACAAUCAUGUCCUUCGAGUGAUACUCCUGGGUCGUCCUGACUUUUGUGCAUGCAUUUGUACCCUUAGGUGGACCAUGUUCAUUCUUCCUCGUCCUUUCAGGUCCAUUUCCAACCUUCUCAAGUUGGCCAACAAUCGGUAUUAGGCAGUGCGAAAAGCAGACAGAAGAUGAUCUCGAAGAUUGCUAAGACAAACCGAGCCUAAGCAUGUUGAUUUUCUCUCUGAGAAGCUGCAUAAUUCUGAGCGUUCCAUGUACGUUUUGCUGACCCCGACAUCUACUCGUUGUGCCUGUGAGGUCACAAAUCUUCUCAUUGCUGCAGUCGUCAUGGCAAUUUAUUAUGGUCUUCUGCCCAAAGACUUACGCUAAACCAUCUGUACACAUUCUUUUCUUUGUAAUUAAAAGAGCAACAAAUAAGGCCCAAUCCAAUUCUGAAAUUGGUAAUUACUGUAUAACGAUGAUGAUCGUAAGCCUGCAGUGAGUCAAUACCCAAGCCCAAGAUGAGCCCAUUUUUGACGCUACGUAACUGGUAAAAAAAGCACAAGGAAGAGAGAGUUGAAAUGCAAUUCGGGAUGUUCUUGGUCUCGAUCCGCCCGCCACCAACCACAUCGUGACAACCAUUUUCCGCCAUCGGAUUCAACCUCUCUUCCCUUCUAAACCGGCUUCGCCGCCGGUCUCCAGCCAAGCUUGCUGGAAUUGGCUCCUUCCAGGAAAAAGUGGAUGCUAAAAGGUGAAACAGAAUGGAUAAAUUAAGAGAAUUUGGGAGAAAAGCAUUGUUCUACGUAAGGGUUCUCUCCGGAUAUGAAGAGCGUAGAAUUCGAAACUAUAGAUUGCAGCUCGAGAGACGUCUGCUACAGGCACAAGAAAGGAAAGCGGCCAUAAGAAAGAUCCCUGAGCAGGCUAUAUUGGCAGAGGUUCGCUGUAUGGUUGAGGAGAUGCAAACUCUAAAUAGAAAGCUUGAAGAAACAGAAACUGCCAUUGAAGAGUACUUCAAACCAAUAGACAAGGAAGCUGAGAUGCUAAUGAAAAUGCAGCUUGAGGGAGAAGAGAAGACAAUGAAAGAGAUGCUGGCAGCAAUGCAACAACAGGCCUUGCUUGAGAAAGCUGAAGCUGAGAAAAUAGCAAACAUGCAACAACAAGCCUUGCUUGAGAAAGCUGAAGCGGAGAAAAUAGCAAAUACGCAUCAACCAGACACAAUCGAAAGUCACCAGGAUGCUACCUCCAGCAGCAGUCAGCAUACUCAAAUGAGAUGAUUGUCAAAACCGAUUCCAUGGUGCAUAUUUUUUGUUUCUCCACUUUUUUGUUAGUAUGUGCGUAUUGAGAGAUAAGUCUGAAUAAUUGAGGCUUUUAGUAAGAGAAGUUGAAACAACUAAAGGCUUGAAUUUUGUCAAAUUUAGUUAAUCAUGUAUACAACCAAGAGUUGUCAUUGUUGCUCAAUUGUACUAAUGGUUCUGUAGGAUGGAUAGUUUCCAUUGCCCAUACUCCACAUAUUAUGUUGCAAAGGAGUAUGCUUUUAUGGGGAUGAGCUUAGUUGUUGAAUAUUUGGAUUUGGACACAACAGUCUAUAUCUUAUAUAGUCUAUUGAUUCCUGAAUUUAGGGAUUUAUCUGCUU